AUGCAAGGAUUAAGGAACCUCAAGGAGACUACCUGUGUAACUGUGGCAAAGUUAGAUAAAUUUGAGUGUGGGCAGUCGGGGUGGUAUUAUGAUGGAUGUGUUGGUUGCACGAAGAGCGUGACUUUGAAGGAUGGGAAGCUUACAUGUUAUUCCAAACAUGUAUCUGUAGAGGCAGUAACGAGGUUUAAGCUCGAAGUUUUGGCCUCGGAUGGAAAAUUCAAGUACAAGUUCAUCUUUUGGGACGUUGACUGCGUUAAGUUAAUUGGAAACUUUGCACUUCAAAUGAAAAUGGAUUUGAUUAAGUUCGAAGAUUAUGAUCCGCUUGAGUUCCCGUAUGAACUUGAUGCAAUUCUCCAAAAGGAAUUAGCUAUAAGAGCUGUUUUCCAGCCUAAUAAGGCCCGACUAUAUGUUGUAAGCUUCAAAGAUGAUGAGUAUACACGUCAAAAGAUAAAGGAUAGUUUCAGAUCCGAAGAGCAUACUUCAAAGCUUCAAACCCCGGAUCUAUCGUCCCAUGAUGAAUUGCUAACUAUUUCUGAGAACUUAUCUGCAUCUGCAGAUUAUGACCCUGCAGUUCCAAUUGCAGGCCUUACUCCAUCUAAGAGGUCUCUAAGUGAUGCAACCGAUGAAUUUGAAAGUGUUCAACUUUCCUUAACCAAGCUUACCAAAGAUAUCAAAAUGGAGAAAUGGUUACUGUUAUUUAUUAGGCAUGUUUAUCCUUUUUUGAUUUGA